UUAUUUUUUUUUCCCACUAUAAAUACAACGAAUGAUUUGCAUAUCUUUCAUAACUUCAUACAUACUUUUUUGUGUCUCUCAAAUUUCAUUUUUAAGUUAUGAAUCCCGGAACUUGGUCUACUGGAUUUUGUGAUUGUUUCUCCGAUGUCACAAACUGUUGCAUAACUUGCUGGUGUCCAUGUAUUACAUUUGGACAGAUUUCAGAGAUUGUGGACAAAGGAGCUGUUUCUUGUGGGGCAAGUGGAGCUUUGUAUUUGUUAUUAGAAGUAUUAACAGGCUGUGGAUGUAUGUAUUCAUGUUUCUAUCGUACAAAGAUCAGGAAACAAUACAAUUUGCCUGAGAGUCCUUGUGGGGACUGUUUGCUUCAUUUCUGCUGUGAAUGGUGUGCCUUGUGCCAAGAGUAUCGUGAGCUCAAACACCGUGGAUAUGACAUGUCAAUUGGCUGGCAAGCAAAUAUGGAGAACCAAAACCAAGGGAUUGGAAUCGCUCCAGAAGUUCAAGGAGGAAUGACUCGAUAAAUGCACAAAUUUUCACUUGUUUAGUGGGUGCGAUAUAUGUAUUGCUCUCUUUUUGUAUUUAAAAUUGAAAUGGUGGUUUUCUUAACCACUGGAUUGUUCUUGUCGUCCUUGCAAGAUGUAAUAUUGGUUGUUGAUUUGAUUUAAUAUAUAUGAUAUGUAUAAUCUAUUUACUAUU